AUGAAGCCCCGGUGGCCGCCAUGGGUGCCCCCCGUCCUCGUCCAACAUCUGUCCCACCUCCCGAAGCUCCGCAGUGUAUCAGCCGCGGUGCGCGCCAUGGGGCUGGGCCGGCGCGCUCCCGUCGUGGUUCUCGCCUCCGCAACCACCGCCAGCCCGUCCUCCUCGUCUGUAGCUUCCCCGCUAUCCUCCACGUGUCCGCGCCUCACAAUAUUCUCCGCCCCCACCGCGUACAACGUAACCACGUAUGCGCAUCGGCGCGCGCUGCUAUCGUGGCUGCGGCUGCACCCCGUUCCACGCGUAGUGCUGCUCGGCUCGCACCCCUCCCUCGAUGCCCUAGCCGCGGAAUUCCCGGACCACGUGACAGUAGAGAGUGACGUGGACGUGAACCUGGAGGGCGCGCCGCUUUUAAACUCCGUCCUGGCGCGGAUACAAGCGGAGGGCUUGUCGUCCGCGCAGUCCCCUCCCCCGUACCACUCCGCAUCCUCGUCCUCCUCGUCCUCGUUACACGCGUCCUCCCUUUGCGAUAUGGUCAUGCUUGUAGACCCCGACGUGCUUCUUUUCAACGACAUGUUCUUCGCGGCGCGCAAAGUAGCGGCGCGGUUCCCGUCCUUCAUGAUCCUGAUGGGCUCAUGGGACGUCAACUCCUUCCGCUUCCAAUUAGACGGCCUCCCUCCCUCCAUUCAAAGAAAGCACGCCGCCGCCUCCGCGUCGGUAGGAUCGAUUAGUCUAGGGUCCGACGCGGCAUCGGGCCAACCCGUGGACGAGCAGAAGAUUAGAGACUUUGUGCGCCGGCGCGGGCGGUUGAAUACAGGCGGGGGAAUGGGGGCGUUCUUGUGGAACCGUCCCGCGGAUCCGCUGUUACCCGGUAACACGACCGUUCCGCCUUUCUUCCUCGGCCGCGGGGCGUACGAGCGCUGGCUCGUGCACAUGGCCUCCGGCGCGGGGGCGAAUGAGGGGGAAGCGGACGGGGCGCUGGCGGGGACUGGCGCGGAGAGCGCGGGUAGCGGUGGUAGCGGGGGAGCGGGGCGGAAAGGGCGGAACCAGGGGGCGAGCGAGAUUCGGAUGAGCAGCAGAACACGGCAGGUGGUGGAUGCGAGCGACUCGGUGACAGCGGUGCGGGUGUUUUCGGCGCUAGACGUUCAGAAGGAGGUUGAGAUGGUGCGCGAGCGCGCCAUGGAAGAGUUCCCCCUGCCUAAAAAGCCGCGCGCGCAGCGCGCGUGGUGGCAGCGCCGGGGGCCCGCGGGGGACGACGCAGGCGCGGAGGAGCGGGAGAAGGCGGAGGAGGAGGAGGGGGACGAGGCGGAGGAGGAGCGGCUGCGGUGGCACCCGCUUCCGCGGAAGAGCGUGAAGGGGUGGGAGGUUUACGCGAACAUGCACAUGGCACGGUUCCUUUCCCCCGCGCCCUUCUCCGAACUGCUCGGCACGCCCGCCCACGCGCCAUGGCGCCUCACUCCGUGCUUCGACCCGCAAGGCGAGUCCAUGUGUCUGCUGCGGCGCCGCCGCCCAGGCAACUGUACGUGCGAGCACGCACCGCUAGCACGCCACACAUCGGAGGACAUUCGCCUGCACGACGGCACCUGGUGGUUCUGCGGCCGCCUGCAAGCCCUGCCCCCCGAAUCCUUCGCCCUCAACAUCCACCCCGCGCCUUCUCACUCCGCCAUCCCCACCACCACCGCAUCCCUCCUCACCACUGCCUCCUCCGCCACCUCCUCCCCCAUCACCACCUCUUCUUCCUCCUCCUCCGCCUCCUCCUCUGCUGCAUCUCGCGCCGUCUCCGCGUCCCCCGCGCCACUCACCUCCUCCGCUUCCGCCUCCGCGCAUCCCUCCGCGUCCACCCUGCGGCAGCGGAUCGCAACGCUGCUGCAGCUGCCGGCGUCGUCGUCGCCUCUAGACGCCAUGGCAGAGAGCGCGCUGGCGGGAGCGGCGUUCUGGCGCGGCGUGGAGGGCAUGCCUCACACGCUGGAGCAGCUGCUGCCGCGCGUGGCCGACCGGCACCAGACUGUGGUGCUGCUGGCCGCUGGCAGCAAGGACAGCACCGCCACGCUCAACUUCAUCUGCAUGCUGCGGCGGUUAGAGAUAACCAACUUCAUGCUGGCAGCACUGGACCCAGACAUGUACUCCUUGGCCUUCCUGCACGGCCUCCCCGCAGCAGCGGCAGCGGAGGAGGCGGAGGGAGCGGGGGCGGUGGCGGCGGCGGUGGUGGCGAUAACGGUGCAUGUGCUGCGCCUGGGCUACUCUGUGCUCUGGUCCGACGUGCAUGCCGUCUGGUUCGCCAACCCUCUGCCGCACCUGCUCUCGCUCGGCCCGAACGUGCUCGCCGUGCAGAGUGCAGAGACGAAUCGCAAUCGGGCGGCCAAUGGAGCGCGCAGCAUAGGCGGGGGGCUCAUGUUUGCACACGCAGACCGCCCCACACUGGAAGCCCUGGAGGCAGUGGCGGCGUAUGCAGCAGCGGUGCGCGCAGAGGCGCAGGCGGACAGUGCAGCGGGCACGGAGGGCGGGGGCGAGAGCAGUGCGAGGGGGCGCGCGGAAGGGGUGGAGGUGGAGGAGCAUCGAUCUGCUUAUGACGUGCUGUGUGGGGAGCGCGGCGAACUCAAGGUGGGGAGGGACGAGUGCAGGUGGGGCAAGCACCUGAGAGUGCUGUUCCUGGACCGCCAGCACUUCCCCAACGGGGCCGUCUACUCCAUCUGGCGCUCGCGCAACGCGGCUGCCUCCUGCCACCGCCUGCGCUGCAUGGCGCUGCACAACGGGGUCAUUGUCGGGCGGGAAGCCAAGGCGGAGCGCAUGAGACGGCACGGGUUUAUUUAUUACGAUGAGCACACACGCAUGUGCCUGCACCCAUGGCACCCUAGGUUCCAUGCUCGGGACCACGCACGGUGA